CUCUUCCCUACCACUUCCUCUUCCUCACCACCGAAAGCUUAGUUUUAAAAGUCAAAUUUCUCUGUAGCAAUCAGAAAUGACUUCCUCAUCUUUGCCUUCUGCUUUCCUGCCAACACUUCAAAGUUCCGAUAAGCCCUUCAAACGCCGAUCCUCUGUUGCUCCCAUCACUGCUUCAGUAUCUGAAAAAUCCUCUGUUUCUAACUCACCUGUCUCUAUUUCCUCAUCAGAACCCCCCAAGCUUCCCAUUCGUAAAAUCCCCGGUGACUAUGGCCUUCCAUUCUUCGGUGCCAUUAAAGACCGUCUUGAUUAUUUCUAUAAUCAAGGCAGAGACGAGUUUUUCAAAUCCAGGGUUCAAAAGUACCAGUCCACCGUGUACAGAGUUAACAUGCCACCUGGUCCUUUUAUCUCUAGCAAUUCAAAGGUGGUUAUUGUUCUCGACGGGAAGAGCUUUCCGGUACUAUUCGAUGUGACCAAAGUCGAAAAGAAAGAUCUUUUCACCGGCACUUACAUGCCGUCUACUGAUCUCACCGGCGGUUACAGAGUUCUUUCUUAUCUUGACCCAUCUGAACCAAAACACGCCCAACUCAAGCAAUUCUUGUUCUAUCUUUUAAAGUCUCGUCGCGAUUAUGUAAUCCCUGAGUUCGCCGCGAGUUACAAUCAACUGUUCGAUGGUCUCGAGAAGGAUCUAGCAUCCAAAGGCAAGGUCAGUUUUAACGAUCCCGGCGACCAGGCUGCUUUUAGCUUCUUGGGGAAGUGUUACUUUGGUGUUAAUCCAGUCGAUGGUAAGCUUGGAACUGACGGACCUUCGUUGAUUACGAAAUGGGUAGGGUUUCAACUCGCUCCGAUUCUCUCUGUUGGCCUACCUGCAUUUAUUGAGGAGCCACUCAUCCACACGUUCCGUCUACCCGCUUUUCUAAACAAGAAAGACUACGGCCGCCUCUACGACUUCUUCUCUUCCUCUGCCGGAUCUCUGCUCGACGAAGCAGAAAAAAUGGGUAUUGCUAGAGAGGAAGCUUGCCACAAUCUCCUCUUCGCUACCUGCUUCAAUACAUUCGGUGGCAUGAAGAUUUUCUUCCCUAGUAUAUUGAAAUGGAUCGGCCGAGCCGGAAUGAAGCUCCACACCGAGUUAGCCCAAGAGAUCAGAUCAGUACUCAAAGCCAACGGUGGAGAAAUCACGAUGGCCGCUCUUGAACAAAUGCCUCUGAUGAAAUCAGCUGUUUAUGAAGCUUUCCGUAUCGACCCGCCGGUGCCAACUCAGUACGGGAAGGCUAAACGGGACAUAAUCAUCGAAAGUCAUGACGCGGCGUUUGAAAUUAAAGAAGGGGAAAUGAUAUUCGGCUUCCAACCAUUUGCAACCAAAGAUCCGAAGAUUUUUGACCGACCCGAAGAGUAUGUUGCCGACAGAUUCGUCGGCGAUGGAGAGAAAUUAUUGCAGCAUGUGCUUUGGUCUAAUGGGCCUGAGACGGAGCAUCCCACCAUUGGAAACAAGCAAUGUGCCGGUAAAGAUUUUGUCGUCUUAAUGUCUAGACUUUUCGUCGUUGAAAUUUUCCGGCGAUAUGAUUCAUUCGAGAUUGAAAUUGCUACGUCAGCGUUGGGUGCUUCUGUAACAAUUACGUCCUUGAAGAGAGCAACGUUUUAGAAGAAUGGGCAUUUUAAAUUCAGCCAAAAUUGUGGAAGGUCUAGUGUAAUAAUUGCUGGAAAUUUACUUUCUAUUUUUUGAAGUCAAUGUUGGUGAUGUAAUUUUUAUAUAUUAAAAUAAUUUUUUUUUUUUAAA